GAAACCAGAUGGUCUCCCUCGUCUAGCAAAUGCGGCGAGAGUGAGCUAAGGACACGUCGAUGCAAACAAUGCCGCCGCUGGACCUCUGACGCUCAUUUACGCCUAUUUCUUGUUAGUUCCGAGUGCGUGGAGGUCGUAGCUUCCCCCUUUGGUUGUAGACUAGAGGCCCAGGCAUCACAAUGGGCGACAUUCAGCAGUGGUUCAGCAGCCUCCCCCCCAUGACCAGGACUUGGUUUGGGGGGACGAUAGCUUUAUCGUUAUUAGGGCGAUUUAACAUGCCAAGUCCCUACUGGCUUGUCCUGGAUUACAGUGCUGUGGUGCAUGGCUUCCAGAUAUGGAGGCUUGCAACGUGUGUGUUUUUUUACUCGGUACAAAGAGGGUUUCACUUCCUCAUAAAUUUAUACUUCCUUUACAAUUACUCACUGCGUCUUGAAACAGGCCUGUUUGCACAACGACCAGCGGACUACCUGUUCAUGCUCUUGUUCAUUUGGGUCUGCUCUCUUAUUGUUGGACUGCUGGGAAGUAUGUACAUGUUAAUGGACCCCAUGGUGAUGGCCGUUCUAUAUGUAUGGUGCCAGCUGAACAAAGAUACCAUUGUGUCCUUCUGGUUCGGCACGCAGUUCAAAGCUAUGUAUCUCCCAUGGGUGCUUUUGGCGUUUAAUGUCAUCAUGGGGAAUGGAGGCAUGGUAGACCUUUCGGGCAUUCUGAUUGGUCACCUGUACUUCUUCCUGACCUUCAAAUACCCACAAGACUUUGGUGGUGUCUCCCUCCUACAGACCCCACAAAUCUUAUACCACUAUUUCCCGAAUGCACGAGGAGGCGCGUCUGGGUUCGGCCGUCCCCCUCCAGCCCCUAGAGCUGGUGGAGAUGAUGGCACUGGAGGGGGAGGGGGCGGGGGCGGAGGUGGAGUUGGAGGUUUUUUCCGAGGCCAGGGCCACACACUCCGUUGAGAUGACAACCUGUGUUCACUUUAUGUUAUCUUGAUAUUUGUUAGAUUAUUUAAGUAAGCUUUAUCUUCUUUUUUUAAUUUUUUCCUUCUCAUUUUUUUUUUUUUUCUUUUUGCCAUUUUUUUUUUCUUUCUUUUUUUUUUUGUUAUUAUUAUUUUCCACGAAAGGCAAUUCCAUUUUACCUCCUCUUUCAUUUGAUUCCAACUGAAUGAUUGGUUUACUCGGAGUGCAUUUCUGAAGAUACUUGACUUGGGUUAACAGUUAGUUAUUUCCUAGCCUGUUUAUCAUUUUUCAUAUAUAUAUUUUCUAAUUAUUAGAUUGUGAUUUCUUGAUUUCUUUUGUUGGAUAUCUAUUUUUCUCAAGCUGAUUGGGGAAACGUCUGUAACAUCGGUGUUUUGAUGCACAUUUCUCAAAAUAUAUUGCUGCUGAGUGGCUGAACGAAUGAUAAUCUAAAUUUCACAAAUAGUUUUGCACUAAAUCCUGAGAUUAAAGUUAUGCUGUAUAUAUUUAUACAACUGACUGUAAAGAAAAGUGAAAAAUCUCUAUUCUAUUUUUUUUUUCUGUGAAAAAUUGUAUACCAUGUGUUGCACUCAUCAGUGAUAUGAUAAUAUAAUAUACCUUGAUAUGAUGAUUGAUUUUGAUAUGAAUCGGUCAUUUUGUCAUUACUGUAUGUGUAUUACUUUUACAGUGUAUAUCCCAUGUAAAUAAAAGUGUUUUGGAAA